UUUAAACAACGUAACAGUUAUGGUUAUUGCUUCAGUUUCUUGGUGAAGGAAUGGGUUGCCAAACACCCAUGAGCAGUGAGCGUUUAAGAGCAUAUUGGACUCCAGCAAUGGAACGCUACUUUAUUGAUCUUAUGUUAGAUCAUAUGCAUAGGGGUAACAGAGUUGGACAUACUUUCAACAAGCAAGCAUGGGCUGAUAUGCUUAGCAUGUUCAGUGCAAAAUUUGGAACUCAGCAUGAUAAAGAUAUUUUGAAGAAUCGUUACAGUACUUUGUGGAAACAAUUUAAUGAUGUCAAGAAUCUUCUUGACCAGAGUGGAUUUUCGUGGGAUGAUACUCAGCAAAUGGUAGUAGCUGAGGAUUAUGUUUGGGAUACUUAUACUAAGGCCCAUUCAGAUGCACAAUAUUACAGGAAUAAACCUCUUAUGAACUUCAGUGAUUUGUGCUUGAUAUAUGCGUAUGCAACUGCAGAUGGAAGAUACAGUCGUUCAAGUCAUGAUAUAGACUUUGAUGAUGAAAUCCAAGGACUAAAUAUUGGUUUGUUUCUAUUCCUAUCAUGGGCAUGAUAUAAGGUUUCAAUUGUGAAUGAAUUGCCAUUGUCAAUUGAAAUGCAUUUUAUUGGUUUAGUUUGUCAAUUCAUUAGGUUUGACAACCCAACCGU